CCCGGAACAGGCCGCCAAGGGCGGGGCGAGGAAGCGGUGGCCGCACGGGUCGCUGAGGCUGCGGCGCCGCCUCAACCCCCGCUGCUUCUGUACGUCUGUCCUUCUGUCCGCCCGCCGCCCAGCCAUGGCUGCGCGGGUCCCCGCGCCACGGAUCCUGCUGCUGCUGCUGCUGCUGCUCCCGCCGCCUCCAGGUGCCCACAGUGAGGUAUGUGUGGCUUCCCGUGGACGCAGCCUCUUCCCUGAGUCCUGUCCUGAUUUCUGCUGUGGCAACUGUUACAACCAAUACUGCUGCUCUGAUGAGCGGAAGAAAUUUGUGUGGAACGAGGAAAGCUGUACCGUGCCUUGGGCCAGUGUGUCCACCGAUACGGAGCCACUGGAGCAGCUGGGCUCGGCGCUGAGGUUUCGUUCCAGCUUGGACAGCGACCCGAUGUCAGGGUUUGGGGCGACUGUAGCCAUCGGCCUGACCAUCUUCGUGCUCUCUGUCGUCACGGUCAUCAUCUGCUUCACCUGUUCCUGCUGCUACCUCUACAAGAUGUGCCGCCGGCCCCCGCGUUCGGUGGUCACCACCACCACGGCCACCACGGUGGUGCACACCCCUUACCCUCAGCCUCCAAGUGUGCCACCCAGCUACCCCGGGCCGACGUACCAGGGCUACCACCCCAUGCCCCUGCAGCCAGGGAUGCCAGCAGCACCCUACCCCACACAGUACCCUCCGCCUUACCCUGCCCAGCCGAUGGGCCCGCCGGCGUACCACGAGACACUGGCUGGAGGUGCGGCCAUGCCCUACCCUGCCAGCCAGCCUCCUUACAACCCGGCAUACAUGGACCCCCGGAAGGCAGCCCCCUGAGCAUGUCCUUUCAUCUCUGGCUGCCACUUGGUGUGUGUGUGUGUGUGUGUGUGUGUGUGUGUGCGAGAGAGAGAGAGAGAGAGAGAGAGAGAGAGAGAGAGAGAGAGGAUGGGUACGCAGGAGAGAGAGAGAGGGGAUGGGUACGAAGGCACGGUUUUUUUCUCCCUGUGCGUGGUGUUUGUGUCCGGUUUGUACACGAGGCUUCUUGUGAUGCCAACAUGGUGGGGAGCAGUCCUUGCCAGGGUUGCUGGGACCCUACUUCAUUCUCUUCCUCACUUGAAAUUGUGCUCUUUUGAAAUCUCAAAAUUCAAAGGCUGGGGUGGGAGUUCUGCCACCCCAGGGUGACCAGGCCGGUGGGGCCCAUCAUGCUAGGGCAGUAGGGCUUUUUGUGGGCAACGUGCCCGUGUGUUCUGGUUUUGGCGGGGUGGCUAGCCACUGCUCAAGGCCAUGGCCUGUCCCCAGGGUGUGGGCUACUCCUCAAGGAACCAGAGCCAUCGUGGCAUAGGGGUGAGGCUUGGGGCCUGGCUAAGCUGGGUUUUAAUCCUUGUAGCAGACAUCUCAUAGUCCCCAGAGCCGGUGCCAUACCCAGGAGAGGGCAGGCAGCCUCUUGAGACCAAAACAGUUGAGCCAGAGGCCCACCCACCUGAGCGCGGUCUGCCUGGACUGUCCCCGCAUCCUCCCUGGCACCACCUGGAGGGCCACACCCACCCACAGUUCUGGCUGCCUUGGCUGGCCAUGACCCCCAUCACAGGUAGGCAGGGCAGCCUCUGUCUGCCUGCACACUCAGGUGUCCUCCCUGCAGUGUUUUUGUUUUCCUUUUAGCCAAACAUUUUGACUGUUUCCUGUUUCAAAAGGUAUGUGAUAGUUUUUAUGAGGCUGAACCCCCUGGGUGCUGGAGGGAAAUUGGCCCACAGUGGAGAGGGGCCACCAGACCUCUGAUAGGCCCCACUUCUCCUGACACCAGCUUCACAGAAUAGCCAGCUUCUGUACCCCAGUCCACAGCGUGUCCUGGCACCUAGGACACCUGGGCCAAGGGGCCGUCUGGACCAAAGUUGGAAGGGGGCCCUAGGUGGCUGCUCUGGCCCAGACAUGAAUACCUCGGUGUUCCCUGUCCCUCUGUUAGUAUCUCACCAGAUCUUAGCUUUGUACCUGUUGACGUGUUUCUGAGAGUCUAGGGUCUGCACCUUUGUUUAUAAUAAAUGCAAACAUUUGGGGC